GGAUCUCAACGACAACACGUGAUUCUUCACAGCUAUGCCAAAACGCACUGAUGAGGUUCCAUCAAGAUUCUGACGAAAUGUUAGCUGCCACUGGAAAUAUCUUUUAAUCUUGAGAUAAAACGGGAUGUCAGCAUGUGGUUACGUUCGUGUCGACGGAUAAUUGGUCAUCGUAAUACUGUACAACAUUCGUCGGCUCUCCAUUGCGCUCCCGGCGAUGUCUACGUUGCGGUACAAUGUCCAAAACGCUUCAACGCAUCUCAGGCAUCAAACAAUCCGAGCCCCAUCGAUUCGCCACUAUCUCGACAUUUAUAUUCGAAAAUUAUGGCUGGUGGAGCUAUCACCGUAGCCGAUUUCAUGAAGGAGGUAUUAACCUCCCCUAAUGCUGGGUACUACAUGAACCGAGAUGUCUUUGGGACUGAAGGUGACUUCACAACUUCUCCAGAAAUCAGCCAGCUAUUCGGAGAGAUGAUCGCUAUCUGGUCGAUAAACGAGUGGAGAAAGAUCUCCGAUCGGCCGAUACAGCUUGUAGAAUUGGGCCCAGGUCGUGGUACACUUUCACGAGAUAUAUUGAGGGUGUACGAGAAAUUGGGAGUCUGUGACAAGGUUUCUUUGCAUCUCGUAGAAAUAAGUCCAAUGCUUUCCAAAGUACAGGCAAAUCUCUUGUGUAAAGAGUGGAACGAUAUAAAUGAGGAUAAGGUCAGCAGUACUCCAUGGUACAAGGAAGGUAUAAUGGAAAAAGGUGUCAAAGUUUUCUGGUAUCAUUCCAUCUACGACGUGCCAAAAACAUUUAGCAUUAUAAUUGCUCACGAGUUUUUUGAUGCUCUACCGAUACACAAGUUUCAGAAAACACCUGAGGGCUGGAGGGAAAUUCUUAUAGAUAUUGACCCUAUGGAAGGAGCUGGUCAACGGUUUCGCUAUGUUUUGGCCAGGUCUGCAACACCAAGCAGUAAAUUUUACAUAUGUAAGGAUGAGAUCAGAGAGCACGUGGAGACAAGUCCGCAAAGUGCAGUGCUAAUCGACUACGUGGCUAAGUUUCUCGUAGAAAACGGCGGAUUUGCGCUGAUCGCUGAUUAUGGCCAUGACGGAGAUCGGACGGACACGUUUCGGGCUUUUCAUCAACAUAAGCAACAGGAUCCAUUGUUAAAUCCAGGGACCGCGGAUCUCACUGCUGACGUUGAUUUCUCGUUGCUGAAACGAAUAGCUUGCCAAGAAGGAAGGCUGUUAUCAUAUGGUCCUGUGACGCAACGACACUUUUUAAAAAAGCUGGGGAUCGAUACACGAUUAGCAAUGCUAAUGAAAAACGCCGAGGAAUCGUCCAAGAAUCCGAUUAUCUCUGGAUAUAGGAUGAUUACUGACAAGGACAAAAUGGGACAUUGUUUUAAAUUCCUAUCCUUGUUUCCAUCUGUUUUAAAAGAACAUUUACAGCGGUUCCCCGUUGUUGGAUUCUGAGGACAAACACUUAUCACAUACUCAUUUACAUGAACAUGUGGUUAGUAUGUAACAUGAAUGUAAUGUAAGUUAAUGUAGAUAUGUACAUACAGUUGCAAUGAUGGUAUCUCUAAAUUGAUAACUACACGAAUAAAGUUCAUUGGACUCACGAA